UCCUUCCCGCGCGCAUGCACCACCCCUCCGGCCAAGCUAGCUGGCUCAGGCUGUCCUCAUGUUCCAAAAGUCUCGUCCCAUGUGACUCCCCGAUUCCAAUUCCCAUCAAUCUCCACUCCAUCCCCCAUCAGCCCAUCUCACCUCACCCAAGCAAGCAAAGUGUAGUAGCGAGCGGCGGCCACUCUCUCGAUCUAUGCCUCGUCUGCUACUUAUAAAACAAAGCUCUACGCGCGCCGGCACAUCGAUCGCAUUACGCAGCUCGCUGGUUGGUUACGUUGAGCGGCUAGCUAGCCUUGCCGGAGCUAGCUAGGAGCUACUAGCUGUUGCGCAUUGCCGGGCCAGCUCGUCCGCUCUCGACCGUACGUAAUGGCGCAGCUCCCGCCCAAGAUCCCGAUGGCUGCCGGGGCGCACCACUGGCCCGGCGCCGGAGCCGGCGUGGAGCACCACGGCCACGGGCCCGCCGUGGUGUGGGCGGACGAGUUCGCCGAGUUCGCGGCGGCGCGCCGGGGCGCGCACCGCAGGUCGCUGAGCGACUCGGUGGCCUUCGUGGAGAUGGCUCCCGGGGGCUGCGGCGGGGCCGGCGACUUCGACAGGCUGGACGACGACCAGCUCAUGUCCAUGUUCCCCGACGAGGGCGGGUCGACGGCCCCCGGGUCGGAGAACGGCACCAGCGACAGCGACGGCAAGGAGCGGUACGACGACGGGCAGAACGACGAUGCUAACCCGGAGGAGCCUGGUGGGCCGGGGCAAGCCACGCCGACCUCGUCCACGGAGACGAUCCGCGACCCCAAGAGGGUCAAGAGGAUACUGGCUAACCGCCAGUCGGCUCAGAGAUCUCGGGUGAGGAAGCUGCAGUACAUCUCCGAGCUCGAGCGGUGCGUCACAACGCUGCAGAACGAGGUGUCCGUGCUGUCUCCUCGGGUGGCCUUCCUGGAUCAGCAGCGGACGAUCCUCACCGUCGGCAACAGCCACCUCAAGCAGCGGAUCGCGGCUCUGGCGCAGGACAAGCUUUUCAAGGACGCUCAUCAGGAGGCGCUCAAGGAGGAGAUCGAGAGGCUGCGGCAGGUGUACCAGCAGCAGAACCUCAGGAUGUCGUCCGGCGCGGGCGCGGCCUCCGACCACGGCGGGCCGCCACCUGUGCGCGCGGAGAAGGAGCUCAUGAGCUAGCCGAGCGAUCAUGGCAUGCCCCUUCCGCCACGCCGCCGCAGCAUCAUUGACCUGUGAGCGGGAGGGAAACAUGGCAUCAAUGCAUGAAUGAAACCGUCCAUGCCUUUUUUCUUGUUCUUGUUCUUGUUUUUUUUUUUUUUUACCCAUUGACCUGUAUCAUUUUUUGCAUACCGAUUUCGUUUUUUUUUACUGUGAAGGAAAAAAAAAACAAAGUGUAGCUUCGUUGUAAAUUUUGUGUGUAGCAUUGCAUCCUGUGUACGUAGACUGUUUUCGGUUUAGUUUUGGAGCCGUCGUUUUUUAGGAAAGUUUUUCUUUUUUUGGAAACCACAUAAGCACAACUCUUGCUUUGUAUCCUCGUACUGAUUUUAGCGGAAUUGCUCUAUGUAUUGUUCUGAAUCGUUUGUUUCCCGGUAAAUGUAUGUGUGUCCAUAGGGCUUAUGCUUC